UGUAAAUGUAAACCGUCUCUCAUGUUCCAUAGAAUACUUUCAAGAUAGGGAAUCAUCUAAUGUUGUUAAUUUGGGUGAACUAUCCCUUUACCAAGUCACUUUUGGCUCGAGGAAUGAAUGAUUUGUUUAUCUCAUCCUUGAUCGAAAAGUCUAUGUUUUUUCUCACAGAAAAUGAGGACAACACUUCAGCGAAAACACUCUGGCAAAUCGGCCAUGACAAAGGCUUUCAGCAAACCGAAGGGCCACAGCAGGGAUGGCGUCCCAGUCCCAUCACCAAGAGCACGGCUGAUCCAAAGCCUAACGUCCCAGAGUGCAGAGUUUGUGAUGGAGGAGCACAUGCAGAUCAGCACUGGACUGUAGACCCAAGAGAGACACUUUUCAGUGACACAUUCAUCAUCACUAAAUCAAAGUCUUCCUCAAGCCUCAAACUGAAGGAGAGUGUGAGGCUGUGUGAGAUGUGGUUGGGUUCUUGCAUUGAAGAGGAUGAUGAGAGAAAACUGACCUCAAAGAACUCCUUUGUCAUUGGCUGGCCUACCACCAAUUACGUGGUGACUCUCAGGCACAUCACCAAAUCCAAGACAGUGGAAUAUCCUAGCAAUCUAACCAUGAAGGUUGUUCUCAUACAUUUUGGAACUAGUGCAAUGACAACUGUGAAUGUGGACAAUAAAGACGAAGUUGACAAAGUACACAGGAUCUUCACCCAACAGUUAAGACUCACUGGCAGACCCACUGACUACCGGCUCUGGGUUGUCUCAGGGAGAGAGGAAGCCCCAUGCCCUCUUAUUGUGGAGUCUUACCAGCAGGUCGACUCGUCUGAUUAUUGGGACUGAGAGAAGCAAGAAGGACUUCACUCUCCUAGCAGGGAACCUUUUUCCUGCCAUUGGAGAAACUGGUCUUGAAAGAGAUUUUGGGGCUUCUGAAUGAGGUUGACUCCUUGAAAAAGCAACAUGUGACUGAGGACAGUGCUUAUAGCUGUGGGAAUCUAGACUUAAUGUCUUCUCUCUCCAGUAGGUCUAUCUGCUCCCUGAUGGGGGCACAAGGUUUUUGCUCAGCCUACUGCUCCUCAGAGCCCAUUGUGUGUCUAAGCUCCCCCAGGUUGGGGGCCCACAGCCAGCUCUACACUCUUGUUGCCCGCCAGUCCAGCUGCGAUGCAGCAGUGAUGUGUGGCCAUGCAGACCACUCCCAACACACACACAAAUCCCACACUAAGGGGCUACUAAAGUGGGACAGCAGCCCCAGGGUAGGUGGCAGCAAGUCUAGGUAUGCCUUCUGGAGGUCCCCUCAUGUAGCCUCAAGGUUCUGGCACCUUGCCCAGAGGCUGGCCGUGUCCAACAGGUCCAGUUUCUCCAGCCUAUCCUCCACAGGCACCUCUCCAUCUACCUCCUCUCUGAACUCCAAAGACAGCGCCUUCGCCUUCUGCACCGACUCUGUGUCCUCUCCCAACGAGCCCAACUCCCUCCCCUUCCUGUUCGGCAUGUCGGCACGGUUACACCCUCUCACUCCAGACACCACAAAGAAAUUCCCAAAAGAUUGGAGCAUGACAUUCCCAGUGGCAGUUGCUCAGGCACCCAAGGAUCUGGACGGGUAUAAUUGGUCUGAUGAGAGAAAGGGAGACUAGAAGCAUUGCCAUUAUAUUAGCAUUCAGAAUAGAGAAGACCACCAGAUGCUCACCCAAAGCCUCUGUAGUUUAAAAGGUGAGUAUAUUCAAAGCCCUGUCUCUCAACCAGACAGUGAAAGGAUUCUCUCUGAUUGGAGAGGGGAGCAGGCGCACCAGAGCCAGAAGGAUAAAGUGUUCAAGUUGUCAGAGUCAAAAGGACAGACCAAAGAAACAUCCAUUGCACGCAUACAGCUGAGAAAUAAAAACAUCUGUCUGUCAAGAAGGAAGAGGUAAAGGGGACGAAAAUGACAUUUUACACCUCCUCUAACAGAAUGCUGGUGAAAAAAACAGUCUGAUCAAUCUGUGGAACAGUGUGGAGUCUCUCUGGUAUCUGACACAGGGAGAGAACAUCAGGAAAAUGUGGAACUGCUGGCCCAAAGUGUGUAGCUCCACAUACCCCGGACAGUGUCCUAUGGUCAAAACACUCCACUGGUCCUGCAGUUUGUGUCAACCAGACAAUUUGCAAAUAACAAGAAAGGAUCAAAGGCCAAAACAGAUAUUCACCUUGGUGAAGUGGUCCCUGAACAGUUGGGUGGUGGGUGCACUCCUCUCUCCCACACAUCAUCUAAAACUCAUGCCAAAACUGCAAGCACAAUCAGCCACAAGACUGCAAGCACAAUCAGCCAAAACACUGCAAGCACAAUCAGCCACAAGACUGCAAGCACAAUCAGCCACAAGACUGCAAGCACAAUCAGCCAAAAGACUGCAAGCACAAUCAGCCACAAAACCGCAUGUGCAAUCAGCCACACUAUUAAAAUAAAACUGCAAGCAACUGUCAGAAAUACUGUGAGAGAAUACUUCAACUCAAGUGACAGCAAGAAUGGCCACUGAGAUGCAAAACGGAACGAAAAAGAGCUCCUCCAGUGGCAAAAUAAAAUGUUGGAAUCAACAGAAAAUGCCACAAAGCGAUCACAUGUUGAGGAGUUGUCUGAUUGUUAAUGCUCAUCAUUUGGUGUUUUGUAAUGGGCUGUCAGAAUGUAGAUCAUCCUGGGUUAUUUCACCCUCCUCUUUGUGUGUAUUUUUUGCGAAAUUAUAAAUUAAGUCAAUGAAGGAUCCCACUGGGCAGAGACAUCAGUUCAACGUCUAAUUUUGAUUAACUUUAAGUUGAGUUGUCAUCUAAGGUGAAUUCAACGUGAAAUCAAGAAAACAUUUCACCAUGUCAUUAGAUUUAGGUAAAACAAUGGGUGAAAAUAAUUCGAAAUUAUCUUAUAUAGAUGACUUUUUGCAAAUCCAAUCUGUUUUUACACAUGGAUUCAACAUCAUCACAUUUCAUUUUUUGGUUGAAAUUAUGUGUAAACAACAUUGAUUCAACCAGUUUUUGCCCAGUUGGAUGGUGCAGAUUGAAUGCAGGCACUCAAACCACUCAGACAGAGCACUUCCUCCAACUGAGUUGGGAUUCAUAACCUUAAUCAUUUUCUAUACAGAAGCAUUAUGAAUAAGGACCAGACAUCUUGACAUCACUAUGAUGUAUGUGUUUCCUAAUGGGGUUGUGAUAAUCUGUCGGUGAAAAAGUAAAAACAACCAAAUUUGAGGCAAAUUAGGUAUAAGAUGCACAACUUGUAUAUGGGCAAACACACACAUUUAUUUAAGUUUUCAUGGCCUGGAUUCUGUUUUGCAAACAAAAUAAAUAUACAGAAUAAUUGUAACAAUAUAAAUACCUGAGAUGGAAUAUUAUCCAAACUGAGUUCCAAAUAAUGUAACAUGAUUGUAUGGUGUGCAACACAUAUUCCUGCUGAAUAGUUAACAUCUGGUUAAUAAGUAAUCACCUACUUCUAUCUUUUAUCGCUUGUUGGGGAAUCAUCAGAAUUGGUUGGUAACAUAGGUAAGAUGUUUUAUAUUCAUCAUAUGUUUGUAAAAGUUACUUCUCAUCAGAAUGUUAUUUUUGUAUAAUACUGUGGCAGGGUUGCAGUAUCUGUUCUAUGUCAAGACUAAGUUGCUUGGGCCGGAGAGAGGGGAGAGGUCAAGCGUGUAUCUCUUGGCUCCACAAUGUCUGUGUGCCAGUCACUGUGUCUCUGUGAUCUUGUCAAGAUAGGAUGGAUUUGAUAUAUGCCUGUUGAUAUGGAGGAUUUGUUUAUGGUUCUGAGUUUGAGAAGAGAGCAUAGCUGAACGAUAAAUUAUGCCUAUGCUGUCUUAUCAUGUGUGUCUUUUGCUAUUAAAGGAUCUCAGUUGCAAUGUAGAAGGGACUCUCAGAGAAUUCACUGAUAGACACUGAAUUGAUCUGAGAGUCACAGGGUUGUGAUAGAGCUCAUAUACAGUGCCUUGCGAAAGUAUUCAGCCCCCUUGAACUUUGCGACCU